AUGCGUUUCAAUGAUAAAGCGAGGGAAAUAGUCAUGGCAAAUGGUGCUCUCACUGAUGAUAAUGCUAUGUUCUUUUGUGUACACGCAGUAGGAAUCAGAGUGAUUUAUGUACUUGUCGGAAACCUGAUAGAGACUCAAGCAGGUGCUAGGGAUAGAGUGCUAGCCAUUGCGGGAGGACAACAAAAUAUAGUGCCUGUGUCAAGCUUCACGAACUUCAAAAAUUGCCCUUGUUUUCACGAAGUAAAUGAUUAA